AUGUCCAAUUUAAAUGAUGAACCUGGAACUGCAGCGUCUGAUAAUGAUAGUAGAGCGGCCGUGCCAGUUGCUAGUCGUCGUAUGAGCCUUGCGGCUGAUCUUAUGAUGCACAUAGAGCGUAGAGCAGCUGAAGGUUCAGCCAUGUUUCGAAGCAACGUGCACAACGUAGUUGAAGAACUGCGACCAAUAAUUACAGUGGCACGCCACCCCGACCCUGGGUCACCACAACCACUUGGUCCCAGUUCAUCUGUGCGCCUGAGUUUGCCUACCUGGUUGAAUUUAAACACCAACAAUGCUCACUUACCUCUAUCUCCUCCCAGUAUAACAGAAACAGAAGACCAAAACUUUAUAACUGCAGGAGAGGUUAGACCGGUUGCAACAACUCCAAUAUCACAAAGACUGCCUUUGACUACUCAAAGAUCACUUACUGAACCAAACAAUGAUGUAGCAAUAGAUAUGAAUUUAUCAAGCUCAGAUUUAAACGUUGAACAGCUGCCUCAAAGUCCAGGAGGAUCUUCACUUAAUGGAUCUAAUAAUAAUAACAAUGAAAAUCAAAGCGAAGACGAUGUUCUUCGGCACAACCCAGAAAUCGCUCAAAUGCUGAGUGUAGCUCUUAAAUACAUUCCAUUCUUAUUGAUACUUUUAUCAAAAGCUGUAUUCGACCAUAUUCCAGCUAUUCUGCUCUUUUUGGUGCUCUUUAUUUCAUUUCGUUACUUCAACAAUGUGGUAAAGCGUGAGGUGGCCAAACAAUCACAGCGCAGUAUUGGCUUUUUGCUGUUUGCUAUUUGUCAUAUGGCCAUGUCUGUAUUUCUAUUCUACUUCUUCUACAACGACAUGAACUUACACUUUGGAUUAAUAUUUAUUCCUCCUUACACACAGUCCUUGACAAUUAGCAAUCUAUUAUGGUCAAUAGCAGUGGAUGAUUACAUUUUAAAAUUAAUAACAAUCAUUUUUAAAAUAAUAAUUAUCAUGAUGCCAAUAAAAGUUUUACCAAUCAUUAAACGAGGAAAAGUAUACCUGUUCAUUGAAGCUACAUCUCAAUUAUAUCGGUGUUGUGUGCCGAUCCAACCUUGGUUGUAUUACAUGUUAGAAUCUUAUCAGGGUCCAAAAAAGGUAAUUGGAGUCUUUUUAUCUGCCGCUUACAUGGUGUCAAAAGGUACCGAUUUAAUGGGUUGUGUGAAACUAUGGUGGACAGCCUCAUACAAAUUACUUCAGAAUGUUGCAUUGGGAACAGCACCGAGUAAAGAGCAGCUGACUAUAGCUGGCAACAAUUGUCCAAUAUGCCAUGACGAGUAUGCUACACCUGUUUUGUUGCAAUGCCAACACAUAUUCUGUGAAGCUUGCGUAGCCAAAUGGUUUGAUCGCGAGCAAACAUGUCCACUUUGUCGGGCAAAACUCGUCGAUGACCCUGCUUGGCGAGAUGGUUCUACGACUAAUUUUAUACAACUCUUUUAA